UGUAGUUUCUGCUUGCUUCAGUGUCUUUCGGGACUAUUGUGAAGUUAUAUUUUGCAACUGCAGCACAUUCAUACUUCGGCCCAAAUUAAAAAAAAAAAAAAAAAUCAAAAAAAAACACGAUAGCACUUUGAGAAGGCACAUUCCUCGCAUCUGCCACAGCCUUACCAGAACUGGAGGGCUUGGGAUUUGGGACCGGUUUGCGGCUGAAAACAAACCCGCCAAGGUGAAUGGCCCGCGGUGGGCGCGGCUGUGCCGGGCGGCCGUGCAGGGGGAAGAUGCUGGCCGUGGGGGUGCUGGCCGGGCUGUCGGUGCUCAGCCUGCUCACCUACGGCUACCUGGCCUGGGACAGCCUCGGACUCGGCCCCGGAGGGACGGAGGCAGCGGGGAGUCGGCCGGGAGAGGAGCCGGGGGCCGGAGCCCCCAGCUCGCAGCCCCACAUCGUCUUCAUCCUGGCUGACGAUCAGGGAUUCAGAGACGUAGGGUACCACGGAUCCGAGAUCAGGACGCCCACUCUGGACAAGCUAGCUGCCGAAGGGGUUAAGCUGGAGAACUAUUAUGUUCAGCCUAUGUGCACACCGUCCAGAAGCCAAUUUAUCACUGGAAAGUACCAGAUACACACCGGCCUUCAGCACUCCAUCAUCCGGCCAACGCAGCCCAACUGCUUGCCUCUGGAUAACGUCACGCUACCUCAGAAGUUGAAGGAAGUUGGUUAUUCAACGCACAUGGUUGGCAAGUGGCACCUGGGGUUUUAUCGCAGAGAAUGCAUGCCCACACAGAGAGGAUUUGACACGUUCUUUGGCUCGCUCUUAGGUAGUGGUGACUAUUACACUCACUUCAAAUGUGACAGCCCUGGGAUAUGUGGCUAUGACCUGUACGAGAAUGAUAAUGCAGCUUGGGAUCAUGACAAUGGCAUCUACUCGACGCAGAUGUACACGCAAAAAGUACAACAAAUCUUGGCUUCUCAUAAUCCCAGGAAACCUAUAUUCCUAUAUAUUGCUUACCAAGCCGUUCAUUCGCCUCUUCAGGCACCAGGCAAGUAUUUUGAGCAUUAUCGAUCAAUAAAUAACAUAAACAGGAGAAGAUAUGCUGCGAUGCUAGCUUGUUUGGAUGAAGCCAUAAACAAUGUAACCCUUGCUUUAAAGAAGUAUGGUUACUAUGACAACAGCAUUAUCAUAUAUUCCUCAGAUAAUGGUGGGCAGCCAAUGGCGGGAGGAAGUAACUGGCCUCUGCGAGGGAGCAAAGGGACCUACUGGGAAGGGGGCAUCCGUGCUGUUGGCUUUGUCCAUAGCCCCCUUCUGAAAAACAAAGGGUCCGUGUGUAGGGAGCUGGUGCACAUCACAGACUGGUUCCCCACUUUGAUCACACUGGCAGAAGGACAGAUCGAUGAAGACAUCCAGCUGGACGGCUAUGAUAUAUGGGAAACCAUUAGCGAAGGCAGACGUUCUCCACGGGUAGACAUCUUGCACAACAUCGACCCAAUUUACACCAAAGCCAAAAACGGGUCCUGGGCAGCUGGCUAUGGGAUCUGGAACACCGCGAUUCAGUCUGCCAUCCGAGUGAAUCACUGGAAACUACUGACAGGAAAUCCUGGAUAUAGCGACUGGGUACCUCCACAGGCCUUCAGUAACGUGGGCCCCAACCGCUGGCAUAACGAACGCGUCUCUUGGUCAGCUGGCAAAACCGUGUGGCUUUUCAACAUAACCGCUGAUCCGUAUGAACGGGUGGACCUCUCUGCACGGUAUCCAGAUGUAGUGAAGCAAUUGUUGCGGAGGCUUUCACAGUUUAAUAAGACUGCAGUUCCUGUUCGAUACCCACCUAAGGACCCUCGGAGUAACCCAAAGCUGAAUGGAGGAGUCUGGGGUCCGUGGUUUAAGGAGGACGAAAAGAAAAAGAAGUCAGAUAAAAGUAAAGGUGCGAAUAAGCAGAAGAAGAAGAAGAACAAGAAAAAAACAAAUCGGAAAAAAGGGCAAUCAUUACAUUGCCGUUCACGCCUUGCUGGUGGAUAGACUCAAGCACAUGGUCUUUUGCCAAGUCUAAGUAAGCUUGGCCCAACUUUCUUGAACUUCUCACAGAGUAUACCAGAAAUGCCAGCUCUGCACUAUGGAUGGAAGCUGUCAUGUUUUUAUUUGUUCUCAGAUUUCACCAGCACAAGAUACCUUGACACUGUGCCUUGAGGAUUCGUGAACAUCCACAUGACAAACUGUCUUCUCUACAGGAAGAAUGGUGCUCACCCAUCACAGCUACAUUCCAGAUAACAACACAGAUAACUUCAGAAAUCCCAUUUUUGAUGGACAAAUGGUGGUUCCUUGCAUAAGUUAGUCAGAACUUUUGGAGACUAUGGAGAGGUUAAAAUGGCAGAUGAUUUCAAACUGACUGAUGAUUCAUAGGGAGAAAGGUAAAAAAAAAAAAAAAAAAAAAAAAAAAACUGUAGGUCAGAGACUGUUAGUCAAAAAUCUAUGACAUUUUUUGGUACAGCACAGCAAAAACACGAAGCCAUACGAAUAACUUGGGGGGGGGGGAAGGGGGAGAGGAGCCUGAUGGGAGGAAAGCUGCUUUAAAUUAGACUGUUUCUGUCAUAGAUAAACCAGAAGUACUUUUAAAGUUCCCUAAAUGUGCUAAGCUCACCCCAUUUGUAGCAAAACCAGAAGGCUGUUAUUCAGCACACAUGAGCAGCUAGCACAUGCCAUGUAUAAUUUAUUAUAGGCAUAGCACCAAAAAAAUCACCAAAGUGAAUGUAAUAUUUAAACACUUUAAGAUAGCUAUACUACAGUACAUAAAAGACAUAAUUUAUUUUACAGCACAAUACUUUUUUGUCUUCCAUUGCAACUUUAAUUAGUGGGUGAUGCAAGGUACCCCUCUGGGUGCUAGGGUUGUUUGUUUGUUUGUUUGUUUCCAUUGAUUUUUAAUUUUAUUUUCACUCUAUCAUUCAGAGUUUUAUUUAACAGAUCCACAUCCUCAGAGUACUGUAAAACAAGAAAAUACUGUAGACACUGCUAGAAUGAGAAAGGAGAAUGAUUCAGGUACAUCAUUUCAUUAUGUAUUUGCCUCCAAUUACUUUGAAUGUAACAAAGUGACUAUUUGAUUAAGUAGUCACGUGAAUAUUGUUCAGUUUCUGUACAGAAGCUAGGCCAUCUUUAUGUUUUUGGGGAGAAUUCUACUUUAAACUUCUUAUUUAUGUAUCUAUUAAAAUAGUUUAUUUUUAUGGCAUUCAGAAAAGUAGUCUGUCUUUUUUUUUCCUUUUUUUUUUUUUUUUUGCAUUGAAGAUAGCAAUCCUGUUCUUGUUUUUAAUUUUAAAUUAACUUAAUAAGCUUUUUUAUUAUUAUUGUUGCUGCAGGGCUGAUUUUGUGACAUUUCCCUUCUGAAACAGCCUUUCUCCUUCCAAUGUGUAUAUAAUUAGAGGCCUUGUUCACCUUUAGUCUUUUCCAAGGUGUCUGCUUCAAUGGUUAAUGGAUGUAAGAAUUUCAUAUUCUUGAUAAUCUGUGAUGAUUGAUACAAUACAUAGGCACAUUCAAGUUUCAAGAUGAAUUACAUUAAAUAAAUUUGAUGAUUCAUUUGCUAACUAGCAAAAAUAGUUUGGUAAAUUUAAAAUAAGCAUGCUUCCCAACUACAUCUCAUUUGAAUCAGAAAUCACAUUUAUAUAAAUUGAUUAUGGUUGAAAAAUUAAAACAUUUCUAAAAUAAUUGCACACUAAAGGCUAAAUCAUGUUCAACAGUCAAAAAAAAAGACUUUUUUGAAAAGAAACUAACUGCAGACAUUACCAAAAAGUGGUAAAUUGCAAAUUUGCAGCUACUAAGCAGAAUAAAGCUGUCGUUAGCAAACACUUAGAAACAAGUUAGUCAGAUUUUUGAGUUACUUUUAUAAUGAAUACACCCAGAAGAUAAUAAGAAUGGGCUUCUUGAGUAGUUACCUGUAAAUAAUCGUAAAAGGAUAAUCUGUAUUUGCAGAAGUGUUUCAUAUUGUCACUAUUCUUUUUCAUACUGUGUGGUCAUAAGAGGAAUAAGUAAUUUUCUGAGAAGUCUGUUUAGCUUUAUUUGAGAUCCAGAAUAUGUGUGAGCAGGAACUUAACUGUUCUCUAAUUUGUCACUUCUUUUAAAUGUACCAUGAAUGUCUUUAAAACAAAUGAUAAAAACAUCCUGAGAUACUAUACUCCGAAGUACAUCACUUUUUAUGAUGUACCAUUCUAGUUUGGGAAAGAAUCUACAUUUCCGUAAUAAACAUUAGCAGAGAAGUCAAGGAAGCAGGAACUGGUUUUGAAACAGUAUGCUGUCCGGUUUACAUUUUUAACACACAAGUCGUUAUGUUUAUGUUUGAAAUAUGCCUGUGUUGACACUGAGUUCAGAAUCAGAAAGAAAUAGUAACAUUUCUGACUUUCUGAAGUCAUUUGGGAAGGGAUGAAAUUAGAUGUAUAAGCUAAAUUAUAUAUAAAAAAGGACUGAGAUAUUUUGAUAUAUUUUGGCAUAAUAGCAAUAAAGGCAUUGUAAUGAA